GGCCGGGUGUCAUUGGGCUCCGAGAAACGGCGGUGAGGGCAGCGCGGGCGGCUUGGGGUCCGGCUCGGCCAUGGCGGGCGCGCUGGUGCGGAAGGCGGCAGAUUAUGUCCGGAGCAAGGACUUCCGGGACUACCUCAUGAGUACUCACUUCUGGGGCCCAGUAGCUAACUGGGGUCUUCCCAUUGCUGCCAUCAAUGACAUGAAAAAGUCUCCUGAGAUUAUCAGUGGACGGAUGACAUUUGCCCUCUGUUGUUACUCCUUAACAUUCAUGAGAUUUGCCUACAAGGUACAGCCUCGAAACUGGCUUUUGUUUGCAUGCCAUGCCACAAAUGAAGUAGCCCAGCUCAUUCAGGGAGGACGGCUUAUCAAACACGAGAUGACGAAAAGGCAUCAGCAGAGCAACAGUGGGAAGUGAGGAUCGGCUCUUGGCAGGGGCAGCACUGCCAGCUGCUGCUGCUGAGUCACAGGUUCCAGCACCGUGACCGGUCCUGCUAAGGAAGAUAGGCUGGAUGCUAUUUUUAUUAACCAGAAUCUUUUUAUAGACCCAGCUGAGAGUCCCUAACCCAACUCUCUGCUGCCUUAUAAGACGGGAUAUUGUGCUUCUCUUCAUAAAGAUAAAGAGUAGCUCAGAAUAUGCAAUCAAUAUACUAAUUCCCCAUGAUGGUUUUAUCUGCAGUAAGAUGUAUAUUAUCUAUUAGAAUUUACUUCAUGGAAAACUGAAGAGAACAAAAUUUGUAACUAUUAGCAUUUAAGUACUCAGAAUUCUUGACUUUUUCUUUAAUGACCAUGAGACAACUGACCACUGGCCACAUAACUAAAAUCUCAUUGCCAGUGUUUGAAAAAGUAUCUGUAUUUCCAUGCAGUGUGUGUAUUGAAAUGCUGUCAUUGAAUGGCAAUAAAUGAUUUAAAUAUUUGUCAAAUGA